GUCAAUUCGUUCCUGUCGUGGCCAGCGUGGAUCCCACUGUCCAGACUUGCCCUGGGGACCUACCUGGUGCACCUGAUGGUCAUGAUGUACUUCAACAACAACGCCAGGACAGUGGAGUAUUUCACGUACAAUCUGGUGCUUGAAAGAUACGUUUCCGUCUUUAUCAUAUCGAACGCUCUAUCGCUGAUUCUCUCCCUUCUGAUUGAAACCCCUGUCAGAAACCUCAUCAAACCCUCCAAAAAACCAACCAACAGCACCGCCACCUUGCCAGAUACGCAGCACAAAAACCAAAUCUCCAGGCCAAAAUCCACGACUCACGAGACGUCGUUCAUGCCGGUUAAGAGUUUCGGUCCUGACGUAACAGACGGCACGGCUGUUGUGCUUACCGAGAUAAGAGAGCUGCAGCAGCAGACGUCACAUCCGGCGACGGGCAGACGAUUAUCUUCGAGACACGAAGGGUACAGCAACGACGGAUUUCUUUCUGAGAACCCUUACGUGGAUAUUUCUCCCAUCAAAGGCCUUCACAAUCUUAGGUCCAUAAAUAAAUAAACGUUUGGAAAAAAUUAGUUGGAUAAAUUACUUACUUGUUGGAGAGGGGUGGGGGUGGUGGAUAGGUUAAAAACCUAACAUUGUUUUAAUAUGAAUUUGUAAUUGUUUAUCUAUGCAAUAAAUAAAAGAAUAGGAAAUUAUUUUUGGUACUUAUUUAUUAACCGUACCUUGAUAUUCAUUUAGGCCUUGAACGAAUCCAAAAGGGUACGUGUAUCCAGAAUACAAAUAUGAGUAAUUAAUAGCAUAUUGUUUUUAAAAAGGUGUUUAAUAAACCUUUUUUGUAUUAAAAUUAUCAAGUUUUAACUAGUGUGUACAAAGUUGUGCUCUAUACACGCAGACACAAUGGAUUAAACUCAAUCUUUUAA